GUUUGUUUUGAUGUGCUGCUCGCCCCAAAUAGCACCGGCAAAAUGUUCCAAGCGAGCCAUUGUCGUAACUUGAUGCAAUCGUGACCCGAAACCGAGGAGCAAAAAUCCAAUGUUUCGCCGUGUGGUGGUCGGUAUAUCCGGCGGCGUAGAUAGUGCAGUGUCCGCGUAUCUGCUCAAGAAGCGAGGCUUCGAGGUAUGCGGUGUCUUUAUGAAAAAUUGGGACCUAAUCGAUGAGUCCGGCUACUGUUCCGGGGAGCAGGAUUUCGAGGAUGCCCAGCGGCUGUGCCGGACGCUAAGCAUACCGCUGGAGGAGAUCAACUUUGUGAAGGACUACUGGGUGGAGGUGUUUGGAAACUUUCUCAAGGACUAUGAAGCAGGAAUUACGCCAAAUCCGGACAUUUUGUGCAACAGACACAUCAAGUUCAAUCGCUUCUUUCACCAUGCCCGCGAGCGGCUUGAUGCUGAUGCGAUCGCUACCGGCCACUAUGCCCGUACCAACUUUGGCCCAUUUCUGGAGCGGUACAAUGAAAAUGAAAAAGUACGCCUCCAGAUGGCACCGGAUCCGAUCAAAGAUCAAACGUUUUUCCUAUCACAAAUCUCCGCCGAAGCCCUGCGCCGCACAAUGUUCCCGAUCGGUGCCCUGACGAAGCCGCAAGUCAAGCGGCUAGCCAUCGAGGUAGGCCUCGAAGCGUACGCACGCAAGAAGGAAAGCAUGGGCAUCUGUUUCGUGGGCAAGCGUUCGUUCCAGCAGUUUAUCGGCGAGUACAUCGAAACCAAGCCGGGCCCGUUCGUGGACGUGGACAGUGGGCGGGAGGUGGGUCAGCAUGCCGGUCUGCAUCACUGGACGGUUGGGCAGAAGUGUAAGAUCGGUGGCUGCCCCCAGCCGUACUACGUGCUGCGGAAGCAUCGGGCAAGCAACGUGAUCGAGGUAGCGUCCGGACAUGAUCAUCCGCUGCUGUACACGGACAUGGUGUACACCGAGCAGCCGGUUUGGAUCAAUGCUCCGCCGGGGCUGUCGUCCGAGGGACGGGUUGUUCGGUGUGAAUUUCGCUUCCAGCACACGAAACCGCUGGUGGGUUGUAGCGUUAUCGAGACGCACGGGCGGCAGCUGUUUGUUAAGCUCGAUCGACCGCUUCGGGCGAUUACGCCGGGACAGUAUGCAGUAUUUUACCGCAACGAGGAAUGUUUCGGUAGUGCGCGAAUACUGCAACCGGGACCGUCGAUAGUGUACAGUGCUGCGGCGGGUGUGUCGCUGAAGAGUGAAGCUAGUGGGUAGGAAGGCCUAGAAAACCAUUCAAAAAUGAAGCAAAAACGAUUGUGAAGCACA